AUGGAGAGACAUGAGGACACUUGCACCACAGAAAAGCCAUGGAAAUGUGCAGACUGUGGGAAGGGAUUCAAAUGCCCAUCCAUGCUGGAAACUCAUCGUCGCAGUCACACUGGGGAGAGGCCAUUUAUCUGUCCCCAGUGUGGGAAGGGAUUCACUCAAUCAUCUGACCUUGAGAAACAUGAACGCACUCACACUGGGGAGAGGCCAUUCAUUUGUCCUGAGUGUGGAAAGGGAUUCAGUGACUCAUCCACCCUGUGGAGACACCAGCGAGUUCACACUGGGGAGAGGCCAUUCAUCUGCCCCGAAUGUGGCAAGGGAUUUACUCGGUCAGCCCACCUGCUGAGACACCAGCGAGUUCACACGCGGGAGAGACCAUUCCUCUGCCCUGAGUGUGGGAAGGGAUUCAGUGACUCAUCCUACCUGCUGACACACCAGCGAGUUCACACUGGGGCAAGGCCAUUCCCGUGCUCUGAGUGUGGUAAGGCAUUCUCUCAGUUAGCCAACCUCCGGGCGCACCAACUAGUUCACACUGAUGAGAGACCUUUCAAAUGUUCGCAGUGUGAGAAGAGCUUUAAACGAAGACGUGAAAUGCUGACUCACCAACGCAUUCACUCUGGGGAGAGGCCAUUCACCUGCUCCGUGUGUAGGAAACAAUUUGUCCAUUCAAAAAACCUUCUGAGACACCAACGAAUACACACUGAAGCCUGUGUUUUGUGUCUAAAUGACCCUGUGCUCUGGCUGCUGCUGGUCAAUAAUAUUUCUAACAUAACUUAUUUCCUUAUGAAGGGCUUUCCCUCUCUCCUACUUCCUCCAUCCUCACCUCCGACAAGAAUGAGGAACUUUGACCUCUUAGAGGAGGGUGAAGAAAGUAGUGAUGUUGUGCAUUUGGAUUUUCAGCAAGUCUUCAAUAUGUUCCUGGAGCAUAUGGAAGCUGACAACCAAGACUCCUAA